CAAUAAAAACAAAUAAUUCUUCAACUAAAAUGAAAAAUAUCUAUUCGGUUUGGCGACAAUAUCUUUGAUUAAAUAUUAAGCUGUCAUCUUGCAAUCCGUGUCCUGACCAGAAAUCUUGUAAUUAUGAUUUUGUUGUACCUUAAUCUGUGGGCCUAUAAUCUUCCUUUUUUUUUUUUUUCGCCACAGACUGACAUGAACAUGACAUCUGGAGGAGUGGAAAGAUGGUUUUAAGAUUUAUGUAAGUAGGUUUAGAGCCAGCACUGACUGACUGAUGCACUUGAGAUGGGGAGGAGUUAUAGGGAGGGCGCACAAUUACCCCCUAAAUCCAAAGGGGCCAAAUCCAACAGGACGUCCCACUCUCUGACGUGCAGCGGGGGUGCAGCAUGAGCAGGAGGGGUCUUACAACAGGCACUACUUUAAAAGCCCCUCUCUGAAGAUGCUCCACAUCCACUGAGCAAGACAGGCUUACUGGUGCGUGUCUUGUGCGUAAAUUGUCCACUCGACUCUGGUUUGUAAGUGUAAUUUUGAGCAUUUUUUUUCCAUAUUACAACCGACCAAUGUGGCUUCUUGGAUCAACUUCCCAAGUGAUGAUGAUGAAGAUGGAUGAGCGCCUGUCUCCCUCAGCACGCUCCAUCCAGAGCCCACAACAAGGGGACAACAACCCGUCCACAGUCCACAGCAUAGAGGCAAUACUGGGAUUUAAAGAGGACACCCUCUUCCACAAGUCGGCCUGCUACAGCAUGACUGAGAAAGUCUGCAUGGUCAAAGAUGCUGAGCGGAAUGUAAUCAUGAACCCAUUGAAGAAAAGUCAUUCCUCAGAAAGUUUUGACAGUAAUGUUGUGUUGUGUUGUUGUGCAGGUGGAGCAGCUGAAGCCUUGGUGUGUCCGGACUCACCGGACAGAGACGGAAAACUGUCUGAUGAUGAGAACCCAAAGAAGAAACACCGUCGGAACCGGACGACAUUCACCACCUUCCAGCUGCACGAGCUGGAGAGAGCUUUCGAGAAGUCCCACUACCCGGACGUGUACAGCAGAGAGGAGCUGGCUCUUAAGGUCAACCUGCCGGAGGUCCGAGUGCAGGUGUGGUUCCAAAACCGGAGGGCCAAGUGGCGUCGGCAGGAGAAGCUGGAGGUGAGCUCCAUCAAGCUCCAGGACACCUCCUCCUCCUUGCUCUCCUUCAGCCGCUCUCCCGCCAGCUCCCUGGGCUCCAGCCUGCAGCUUGACCCCUGGCUCUCCACCCCCAUCACCACUUCCACCUCCCUGCAGUCCCUGCCGGGCUUCAUCACGGGGUGCUCGCAGGGCCUCCCGGGCACUUACACCCCUUCUCCUCCUCCUUCCAUGCCCUCCUCCUUGCCAGCCUCUUUCCUCAACUCCCCGGCACUGGGACAACACCAUCACCUGCCUCACAUGGGCUCAAUGUGCCCCCCGCCUCCAGCGUACCACUGCUCAUCUGAUCCAAGGAACUCCAGUAUUGCCUCACUGAGGAUGAAGGCCAAGGAACACAUUCAGUCUAUUGGGAAGACGUGGUGAUGCUGUGUGGAGGAGGUUAAAAAAUGGACAUCGAAACCCAGAAUGCAUCGUGCUGCAUCUUUUUGAGAAACUGACUUCAUCCUCAUGUUGAUGGGAUUGUUAUUUUGGAAGUUUUUAAAGAGUGAAAUCAGGAUUAGAGACGUUCACAUCACUUAUAAGGGUAACACUUCACUUCUCUUGAUUUAGCAUUCAUAAGCAGUAUGUAAACAUUGAAUAAAUGUUAUAUAAACACACUAUAAUGAAGUUGUACGCAGAUAUAAGUGUUUAUUAAUGUAAUUGUACCACAUCCAUAAGUGGAGGCUGGAUGACAAUGUAAUAAAACACAGUUGUAAUAAUAUAAAAUGUCUUCAUAUACUGUACAUUAAAUAUCCUUAACUGCUUACGACUAUUAUAAUGGGUUAAACCAUUUAUUAAAUGUCUUUACUGCUUAUAAAUGCUGAAUACGGGGACUUAAAGUAAAGUGUCAUCCUUAUAAGCAACUAUUUGAUCAUCUGUGACACUAACUAUUAAAUUCCUGUAAAAAUAU